UUCAGCAUCACCGCCAUCCUCAACUAGUAGGCGAACUUUUCAUUAUUUGAGAAAAUUCACAAAAUGUACAGACGAACCACGUUAUGGUUCUUACUAUUAUUCCAGCCAAUUCUUGUCUUUGCUCAAAAUCGAACGGAACUUUAUGAGUGUAAGAUUGGUACUGUCAAUCCAUUGGCUUCUACUAGCUUGAACGCAUGCUUUAAACUCUACAACACACCAAAAAGUUUUCAAGCAGCAAGAAGGUAUUGUGUUUCUUUGGGAGGUCAAUUAGCUGAUAAGAUCAAUAAGGAUGACUCUUCCUUGUACUCAGCCAACGCCGAUCUAGAAGUUGCCAACUCGACAAAGUUCUGGGUUGGAGCAUCGAAUCUGAAAUGUAACAUUGCUUGGGAAAAUGGUGGGGAAAUCGAAUUCAAUGACAUGUGGGCUCCAGAAUCUCGAUAUUAUGGAGUUGCAAUCGACAAAAUGUCAAUUGGAGGUCUUUGGCAUACUGUUCCAGUCGGUCAGAAACUUCCAUUCGUGUGUACAUUUCAGGGAAAAUCCAACGAAGCAGGACCGGCUCCAGUGCAUGCCAUGAGAGCACCGGCGAAGAAGCGAGUACCAAAGGUGGAAAAGCCUGAAGAGAAGGACAUUGAUGAGAGUUUGAAUGCAGCACUCUCUGAUAAGAAGGAGAAAAAGGAAGUAGCAUCUGAUAAGAAAAAGGAAUCAAAAAAGGAUGAAGAAGAUAUCAAUGAAUCCAUGAAUGCAGCACUUUCAGACGAGAGAAAGAAAUCAGCAUCACUUGCAUCAUCGGAUAAGAAAGAAUCCAGUAAAAAGGAUGAGAGUUCUGAUGAAGCCAAUUUAUCAGCAAGUCAAGUUGCAAAUGCAGAGAUGUCGGCAUCAAUUUCAGCUUCUUCUGCAAAUUCUAGUAGCGACGAGUCUUCUGAUGAAGCAUAUGACUCUGCUGAAAUCGAAAUGCGAAAGAAAAUUGGAAAGACAGUAAUUGCGAUGAAAUCUCAAGAGAUGGCUUCACAAUCAGAUGACUAUGAUAAGUACACAGAGGAAGACUUGCUAUCAGCUGCUGCUUCGUUAAUUGGUGGAUAUAUUCUAAAUGCACAUUGGGCAGAUUCUAGAACAACAAAUACAUCAAGUUUUGACUCUCAAACUGAUGAAGAGACUUUGAAUAUGAUGAUGGCAAUUGCUGAACAAAUAGCGAUGACUAUGAGAAGCUCAAAGAGAAGAGAAAGUUCUAGUUCAAAUACUGAUUCUGAAUCUGCAUCAAUUUCUGAAUCCAGUCAGGCAAGUGAACAAGCGGUCAUGGCUGCAGCGAUGAGUGCAAAGAGUUCGAAGAAGUCAGAGAGUAGUUCGAAGGAUGAAAGUGAAGAUAGUGCUUCAUUGAACUUGGAACAGAAGGCUUCUGCUGCAGCUUCUGCAGCUUUAGCAUCAAAAUCUAAAAGCGACUCUAGUGAUCAAUCCAAGGAUCAGAAAUCAGCGAAUGUGGCUCUAGCCGUCGUUUCUGAAAAUAAACAUCCAACAAAGAAGCCGGAAGACCCAAAGUCUACAAAAACUACAACAGAAGAACCUGAUAUUGAUGAGUCUCUGAAUGCAGCACUUGCAAAUCAGAGAUCCACGACAACCAAAAAUUCCGAUUUAACGACAAUCAUCACAACAGUGAAACCAAAUGCUCUGCCAAUUGCAAUUGUAGCAAAACAAUCUGAAAAGGAUCCAGCAUGUCCGGCAGAAUGGACUCAAUUUAACACAAAUGCAACUGCUCCAGCACUUUGUUUCAAACGAUAUGAAAAGCCAAUGAACUUUGAAGAUGCACGAUUGUUCUGUGUUGGAAAGGGUGGACAUUUGGCAUCGAUUCACAACGAGAGACAGUUACUUUUGCUUUCAGCGUUACUUCACAAUAAUGGUCCUGACGCACUUUCGGAUCAAACAUGGAUUGGAUUGAAUCGUAUUCAUCAGAAAUAUUAUGUCUAUGAAGAUGAGACGGCAAUGGACUUUACUAGAUGGCUUCCAGGAGCUCCGAAUAUCAAUGAUUGUACCGUGUUUACCGGGAACGAACUUCCAAACUAUCCACACAAAGGAACACAAUACAAAUUUGGUGAUUUCCCAUGCGAAGAAGUACAAAAAUCUGUUCUUUGCGAGGUGACACUUGGAAAAGAUAAACUGAAGUCACAAACAACUUGUCAAGAUGGAUGGAGUUAUUACUCUCAUGAUGGAACAGCAAAGAACGGAAAGUGUUAUAAGAGAAUCGACCAAUCGAAGAAGUUCAGUGAAGCUCGCGAAGUUUGCAAAGUUGAGAACUCAUACGUAGCAUCCGUGCAAAAUGAAGGAGAAGCUCGAUUCGUUUCAGCUCUUGUACAAACCGAGAAGAACUAUACUGUAGACGAACAGACAUGGAUUGGAUAUGUUAAAUAUGAUCGAGAUUUUGGAUGGGAAGAUGGAAAUAAGGGAUUACAAUUCGAUCCAUGGACGGAGAAGAUGCCAAGACAGAAAAAGUGCACUGUGUUCACUGGGAACGAAAUCCACGAGAAUUGUCGAAGUCAGUUCCGAUUUGUAAGCGUCGAUUGUAAUAAGACUCAACGCUCUGUACUUUGCUCAAAACCUCCGAUGAAAAAUGGAACUCCGUUCGUCUACAAGGAUACUGAUAAUUCAUCGAAAAAGAUUUGACAUUUAAAAUAAUUAAUAUAAUACCAACAUUUUCUCAAACUCUCAAAUUUUCUUGUUGCACACUCAAUUCUAGUCCGACGUUAGAUAAUAAACCAAUUUCUCACAUGAAAUCCCA